AUUUUUUUUCUUUCCUUUUUCUCACUUUUCUCAAUGGGUAAUCUCUCUUUUCUUUUAUCCUAUUUUUCAAAUUAGUAUAUUUUUGAUUUGGUCAAAAUAAUCAUAAUCAUAAUUAUUAUAAUAUUUGUGAUAUUUAAAAAAAUAAAAAAUAAAAAGGAAAAAAAGGGUAAUCUGAAGAACAUUCUCCUUCAUCUUCAUUCAUUCUUCCUUUUUUCUCUCUCUUUUCAAACCAAACACAAAAGAAAAAAUCAGAGCUUUUUCAUAUUUGAAUUCUUAAUCUCAAACCUCUUUUCAAUUUCUUUCUGAUUAUUAACGUUGAUCUCUAUUCAACCAUCACUGUUUCUGAUCUCAAAGUUUCAAUUUUUACAAAAAAAAAAAAAAAACUCUGAAUCAUCGAAUUGGGUAUGGUUCAAACUUCAAUCCAACAUCACUAUGUGGAAAAUUAACCAACUGGGUUUUCUUCUUUUACCUAAAUAAGAAAAGGGUUUCUUUUAUCUUCACCAUAAUCAUCAUCUUCAUAUCAGGUAUUGUUGUUUUCUAGAUUCGUAAAAAAAGUGUUUUUUUUUGUGUUUGAUGAAUUAUGUUCAAAAAGGUAUUUGGUAAACUACCUAAAAAGUCCUCAAAAGGUUCAGAGAAUCGUGAACAAAGUGGGAAUUCAAGAAGCCAUGGUGGUGGUGUUGCAACCUCGAAAAACAGUGAUGUUGUUGUUAACCAAUCAGGGAGUAGCAAAACUGGUAAUUCUUCUUCUACUUUGAAUGUAGGACAAUAUCAUAAUCAUGGUAAUAAAUCUUCAUUACCUGUUAAUGAGAAUUCCAAUGGAAAUUUUAAUUCUUAUGAAGCAUUACCAGCAUUUAAGGAUGUUCCUAAUUCUGAAAAACCGAGCUUGUUUAUAAGAAAGCUUAAGAUGUGUAGUGUUGUUUUUGACUUCACUGACCCUACCAAGCAUCUUAAGGAAAAAGAGAUUAAGAGACAAGCUUUGGUGGAACUUGUUGAUUAUGUGUCUUCUGUUAAUGCUAAAUUUACUGAGAAUGUAAUGCAAGAGGUUGUGAAGAUGGUGUCUGUAAAUAUAUUCAGAACACUAAGUCCUCAACCGCGCGAAAACAAGCUUGUUGAUGGUGUUGAAUUGGAGGAGGAGGAGCCUUCGAUGGAUCCUUCUUGGCCUCAUUUGCAAAUUGUGUAUGAGCUUUUUCUUAGGUUUAUUGCAUCGCCUGAGCUGGAUGCAAAGUUGGCUAAGAGAUUCAUUGAUCAAUCGUUCAUUUUGAGGCUGCUUGAUUUGUUUGACUCCGAAGAUCCUAGAGAAAGGGAAUACUUGAAAAUGUCUUUGCAUCGCAUCUAUGGCAAGUUAAUGGCGCAUCGCCCUUUCAUCAGGAAAUCAAUCAAUAACGUCUUUUUGAAUUUUGUUUUCGAGACUGAGAAGCAUAAUGGGAUUGCUGAGUUCUUGGAAAUUCUUGGGAGUAUUAUUAAUGGUUUUGCGUUGCCGUUGAAAGAAGAGCAUAAACUGUUUCUGGUUCGUAUAUUGAUUCCGUUGCACAAACCAAAGUGCUUGGCAAUGUAUCAUCAGCAGUUAUCUUAUUGCAUUACUCAAUUCGUGGAGAAAGACUGCAAGCUUGCUGAUACUAUCAUUAGGGGGUUAUUGAAGUACUGGCCAAUAACAAAUAGUUCAAAGGAAGUUAUGUUUCUAGGCGAGUUGGAAGAAGUUUUGGAAGCAACUCAACCUCCAGAAUUCCAGCGAUGUAUGGUGCUAUUGUUUCGUCGGGUUGCUCAUUGUUUGAAUAGCCCCCAUUUUCAGGUGGCGGAAAGAGCUUUGUUCUUGUGGAAUAACGAUCACAUUGUGAACUUAAUCAAACAAAACUGCAAAGUGAUACUGCCAAUCAUCUUUCCUGCUUUGGAGAGAAAUACUAAAACUCAUUGGAAUCAAGCUGUCCAUAGCUUGACUUUAAAUGUUCAGAAGAUUUUUCACGAUCUCGAUCCUGAUCUGUAUAAAGAAUGCUUACAAAAGUUCGAGCAAGAUGAAUCAAAGGAAGAGGAAGUGACAGCAGGACGUGAAGCCACGUGGAAACGCUUGGAGGAGGUUGCUGCAAAGAAAGCUGCAAGUAACGAAGCUGUGCUUAUUAGUAACCUCGCAAAUCUGCAGGUUAGAUAGAAACGGAACAUGUAAUCUGUUAUAUAGCUUCAUUUUUUAAGAAUGGAUUUUAUAGUAUUUUUUUGGCAUGUGAUGGGUUGGCCAAGAAAGGCAAUUUCUUGAAUACUUUGAUAUUCACUUCCUAUAGGAAUUGAAGGCUAUUUAUUAUUAGUAGCGGAUAAUCUCAUAUUCA